AUGUGUUUUGCAGCCCAGAAUGUGACGGUGGAGGAGAUCCUCUCUUCCUACAAACAAGCCUGUCAGAAAGUCAACUGUAAACCCAUGCCUAAAGUGCUCAAACAGAUACAGGAACUGAAAGACCUGACACAGCGAAACGAAUGCUUAGAUCUUAAAGGGGAGAAGCUGGACUACAAAACCUGCGAAUCUCUAGAAGAGAUUUUGAAGAGAGUCCAGUUUAAAGUGAUAGACUUGGAGCAGACCAACCUGGAUGAAGAUGGUGCAUCAGCUCUCUUUGACAUGAUAGAGUACUACGAGUCGGCCACACAUCUCAACAUCUCCUUCAACAAGCACAUUGGCACACGAGGAUGGCAGGCUGCUGCUCACAUGAUGAGAAAGACGAGCUCUCUGCAGUAUCUGGAUGCCCGAAACACACCUCUGCUGGACCACUCGGCUCCUUUUGUUGCCCGAGCGCUCAGGAUCAGUGGCAGCCUGGCAGUCCUCCACCUGGAGAAUGCUGGCCUGUCUGGCAGGCCGCUCAUGUUACUGGCUACGGCUCUAAAGAUGAAUAUGAACCUACGAGAGUUAUACCUGGCGGACAACAAGCUCAAUGGCCUUCAGGACUCCGCUCAGCUUGGCAACUUGCUCAAGUUCAACUACAACAUUCAGAUCCUGGACCUCCGCAAUAAUCACAUCUUAGACUCUGGUCUGGCCUAUCUGUGUGAAGGGCUGAAAGAGCAGAGGAAAGGCCUGGUCACACUGGUACUGUGGAACAACCAGCUCACUCACAACGGCAUGGGCUACAUCGCUUCUGCCCUGCCGUGUACCCAAAGCCUGGAGACUUUGAACCUCGGACACAAUUCAGUAGGCAAUGAAGGAGUACACAAACUGAAAGACGGGCUGAUUGCCAACCGCUCUGUGCUCAGGCUGGGCCUGGCUUCCACCAAGCUGUCCUGUGAAGGAGCUGUUGCCGUGGCCGAAUUCAUCGCCGAGAGCCCCAGACUGCUGCGCCUGGACCUCCGAGAGAACGAGAUCAAAACAGGUGGCCUGAUGGCCCUGUCGCUCGCCUUAAAGGUCAACACCUCUCUGCUGCGUCUGGACCUAGACCGGGAGCCCAAGAAAGAAACGGUGAAGAGCUUUAUUGAGACACAGCGCAGCCUGCUCAGUGAGAUCCAGGAAGGCUGCAAGAGGAAUUUCAUCUUUGCCAAAGAAAAAGAGGAGACGGAGCAGAUGAGGCAGUCAGCCUCCAUGGCUGAAAUUGCCACGGAGGAGGGGACAAGGGAAGAGGAGGAGGAGGAGGAGCCAGCAUCUGAAGAAGGAGCUGACAGAAAUGUAACAGGAAAAGAGGAGGUAGGCGAAAUGGAGGGAAGUGAGGUCCAAACAAGCAGCCAAUCAGGAGCAAGCUCUGAAACAAGCGCUCUUCCAGCAAAUCUGGAGUCCGACUCCGACACUGAGGACGAAGACGAUGGGGAGGUGGUAACGAUUUCCUGUUCUGUUUCAAAGUCCUCCACUCCCCCAAACCAGACUGCCCCUCUAACACAGCCCCCCCUCAGUGCCUCAAAAACGUCCUCACUCCCACCUGCCUCAGCCGGUGGAGGACCCAGCGCCCUCUCCGGGAUCACCGUCACGGAGGGCGCUGCUCCUCCCGGAACGCCUCCGUCUCCCGGACGCUGCAUCUCCGUCUCCAGCCCCGGCAGAGGGCACAAGAUCUUUAUGGUGACUCGGGUGGAAAGCCCCCCCGAGCAGCAGCAGCAGCCUCAGAAAAAAGCUCCCGCAGCCCCCGGCCAGACCGAGGAGGCCAAGACACAGCAAACCCCGGCCCCCCAGGCCCCGCCGGCACCUCCGGCGUCCACACAAACACAGCUGACCCCCGAGGAGGCGAAGGGGGGCUCACCUGCUCCCCCCACAGAGGAAAAACAAAUGGAGGAGAGUCCUUCAGAUCGGUCGGAGUCCGAACCAAAGCUUAAGCAGAACAACACACAGGAGCCGCAGUCAACAAGCCAAACCCCCGAGGACGAGACUGCCAGGACUUUAGACUCUGAAAUCAAAGGUCUGCACGCACCAGCUCUGCCUUCCAGCCCCCCAUCAGCACAGGCGGAGGCGUUUCAGCAACCGGAGGAGGACUCUGAGAGCCCCCAGCCCGGGCCAACCAGUGGACUGAAACAAACACAGGAGCGGGGGCCGGCGGGACCGUCGCGUCGGGCCUGGGACCGUGAGAUGGGGGCCGUGCCCACGGAGCUGCACAGGACUCCGAGUGUCCCCUCUAACCGUAACGCUGCAGCUCCAAAACAGUUAAACAAGCUUUGCAUUAGGACAGGAAACAAAGCGGAGGAGGAGUGCUGGGAUAGAGAGGGAGCAAUGGGAAGCAAGAUGAAGGACAUUUCUCUGAGCCCGCGGCACAGAUCACAUCCAGGAGCGCAGCUUUACUGUGAGGUCGUCCUUUUCUCUGGG